AUGGUAUCUGUUAAUAGCUUCGACAAGAUGUGGUGUCGGAACCUACAGGAUUUACCCAUUGGAAUUGGAAAGUUGGUUCAACUCAUAUCAUUAAACUUGUGUGGUUGCACAAGCUUAAGAAAACUACCAAUAGAGAUGAAAAAGUUGAACAAUUUAAGGCGACUGGACAUCCGCGACACCAAAAUUCUUAAGAGGAUACCACGUGGGGUAUUAUCUGUAUUGCGUAAGCUAGAGGAGCUAAACACUCUCGGAAGCGGGUUAAAAUGGUUCGCCAGUGGUGUAGAGGAACUAUCUCAAUUGAUUAGCUUAUCUGAUAUUAGCGUCGAGAUGAGGAAAGCCAAUGUUUUCCAUUGGUUUAAGCCAUUCCUUAAAUCUAAACGCAUGGGCAGUCUAUAUUUGCGGAAUUGUACUAUUGAUCCCUCAAUUUUUCCGUAUCUUCUAGACAUUGAUGGAGAGGUGACAUUCAAGUCAUGUGAGGGUUUGACACAAUUUCCAACUCAUGGCUGUAAAUGGCUAACUGUAGAAGCUUGUCCAGAUCUCAAGACGUUAUUGAUCGUGGAGAAAGCCGAAAGGAAUGCUUUUGAAAGCUUAGAUGGGUUGGUUCUUGAUCAACUGGAUCAGUUGCAGGCAAUAUGUACUGGGGUUCCACAACCUGGAUGCUUUUCUAAUAUGACAAGUGUGGAAAUACAGGAAUGCCCCAAUCUAAAGGUUAUUUUCACUAAUGGUGUAACACGGUUGCUUAAGAACUUGCGUCUUUUAGAAGUAUUUCAAUGCCCUCAAUUGGUGAAGAUAGUAGCAGAUGAGGAUUUGGAAAUCAAUGCAUUUCCAAGUUUGAAGGAAAUGCGACUAUGUGAGCUACCAGAAUUGACAGACAUAUGCCAUCUUGAUUUGAACUGGCCAUCUCUCUCUGAAGCGCAUGUUUAUCUUUGUUCUAAGUUGAGGAGACCCCCGUUUGGAGCCAAACAUGUAGAUAUAUCAUUAAAUGAUGAAAUGGACAACCAGAUGACAAAAUUCUAUCUACGACGAAAAGAAAGGGGGUCCUUGCUUGGUUAA